AAAAUACCCGAACCCGACCCGAAGUACAGAAAUACCCGAACGGGUUCUACACCUCUAUACCGAAAUACCCGAAAAUCCAAAAUACCCGAUCCGAUAUCCGAACGCCCACCCCUAGUACAUAUUAUUGCUACACAAUAUUUAUUUUGACUUUUUAAUUUUUAAAAUACUAAAUAAAGUAACAAUAUUUUAGAAUAUAUGAUAUAAAAAUACUUUAUUAGACAAAAUAACAAUAUACAUUAGUUGAUGAUAUGAUUAACAAUGGGGAUUACAAUUGAUUGCAAGAUCUCAAGAACUCGAUAUUUACACUUCGUUCUAAGUUUUUAUUUAAGUGUUCAACUAAUUGUUAGUGGUUAACUUGUUUGUUAUAAACUGCACUUAUAUAUGAAAUACCCUUAUUUGUUGUAAAUACAUAAUUUCUUAGUUGAUACAUGUUUUGUUAAUUGAUAUUUUGUUUAAUAGAUGGUUUGUUAAUCAAUAUAUUUUUAAUAUAUACUCUCUUAGAUGAUACAACAAUAUAUUAAAACAUGUAGUAUGUUAAAACAAUAAUACACAUUGAUAAAAUUGUUGGAUAUUUUUCGUUUUCAGUUAGUAAAUAAAGUAUUAUACUACAUAAUAGUGAAUAUUCAUUCUUUUGUAUUAAACAAUGUAUUCAACUGGUGAAGAUGGUGUCGACACCUGAAGAAUGACCAGCUUUCUCUACACACAUGGAAGAAUUCAGCCGCAGUAAGACUUUCUUCCCCGACUUUUGGAUUAGACAUAUUCCAAGAGCACAAAACACUUUGGAAGAUAAACUUGCAUUUGGUGCGAGGAGUUCUCCUUUAGCUAUGCUUUAUAUCGAUUCUAUCCCACCGGUUUGGCUUGCUGAAUCGGUUGGAUCAGUUCAGUAGUUCUAAAUGUUGUUGUAAAAAAGUGUAUAUAUAUAUUAAACAAUGUAUCAAUCUACGACAACGUUUAUCAGGUAACUUAUCAUAUAUCAGCUACCAAACCAUGUAUCACCUGAUAAACUAUACUACAUAUUUUGUUAGCUGAUCAUAGUUAUGUGUAGAAUUUUAUCAGAAUCAAUAACAUGCAAUAUAGAAACAAUGUAUCUACUAUGUCAACACGAAUUGGGUAAUAAUUAAUGUAUCAGCUAAUAAAUCAUGUACCAAACAAAAUGUAGCACCUAACAAGUCAUGUUUCAUCUAACCAACCAUAUAUUUACUAACUACACAUAUUUUGUAACAGGUAGCAAGUAAAAUGUUUGCUAGCAUAAAUGUUAUCUAUAACAAAAAAUAACAUCAAGAACUCACUAGCCUCCUCUCUGUCUUCAGCGUAACGCUUAACAGCUUCUCUAUUUUAGGAAGAAACUUCAACAAUGGCUCUGACUUUAGGCCUGGCGUAUCUUUCCGUUUAGCUGCCAAACAUAGCUCAGACUUUCACACGAUUUUGAUGUAUUCUAAUAGAGAAAAUGGCCAUAACUCAACAAAAAAAAUAAUCAUCAAAGAUAAAAUCUUUCAAACAAAAAAUCAAAAAAAGAAAAUAAAUUCAAUGGAACAAAAAAAUAUAGUUCAAAUACAGCUUGGUAAAAAAAUAUUUUCACCUUGUUUAGAUCAAAAUGAAAAACAGUGUAUAAAAGAUUUCAAACAAACUUGAGAUGACAUCUUUCUCCAUUUCUUUGGAUUAUAAAGAUCUUCAGAUUUGAAAAAAAAAACAAAAAACAAAAGAAACGAAAAGGAAAAUAGAGAGAGCUAAAGGGGUUAAAAGAUGAUUAUCAGAAACUAUGAUACUAACUAAAUCUGAUCUUACCGUAUGAGGUAUAGAUCAAGCUUUGCCUUAUUUGUUGACACCAUGAACGAAAAAAAUAUUCAUUGAAACCAUGAGCAAAAAAACUAUCUGUAACUUUAUAUUGUUUUUGAUGCAAUUCAAAAUUUAGUAAUGGAAAGAAAAAAAAAAGGUAGAAAGUGAAUGAGAGAAGAAAGAAGAAGAACUCAUUUAUAUGAGAAACCUAGAAUUUUAGGUGCUAUUUUACAGAGAGUUUGAGGGUGUGGGUUAUUUUACUGACACACAUUAUUUAUUAUUUUAAAAUUUAAAUUAAACCGCCGAGACAAAACGGUAAACUAUGAGAUAAGGUUUAGAAGGAGUGUAGGAUAAUUAUGGAAGAAAAAAAUGGUGCAUUGGCAAGGGACAAACUUCUAAUAUAAGUGCUGUUCAUUUGGUUGACGCAGCUACAUGCGGCUGCGUCUGCGUCAAUUUUUUUUAAUAAACUCUUGUUCGUUUCAUUGACGCCGGUACUGCGUCUAGACGCUGCGUCCUCGCAUCGAUCGCCGAAAAAAUCUGCGUCUACGAUUAAAACUCUGCGUCUGAUGUUUAUUUUACACAUUUGCCCUUACCAUAUUUUAUUAUUUACAAUAAAACCUAAUCCUAAUUACUCCAAAGACGCAGCUUUUCUCUCUUUCGUCUCAGCCUCUCAUCUCCAUCUCCAUCUCCGACCUUCGAGCUCUCUCAUCUUCAUCUCCAACCUUCGAGCUCUCUCAUCUCCAUCUCCGACGCAGACCUUGAGAUCUCUCUUAUCCGACGAGGCUUAUCACGGCGAAGCUUCUCUCACUCGAGCUCUCUCUCUAUCGUCUUCAUCGAUCUCAGGCUCUCUCCAUCUCUCUUGUCUCAGCCUCUUUCUCAAGUCUUCAGGUAAGCCUUGUCUCAAGCUUCUUCUCAAGCUUCGUCUCUCAUCGUUUCAAGUCUUCAUCACCAAUUCACGAAGCUUCUCUCACUCAAGCUCUCCCAAGCUCACUCUGUUUCUGGUCUCAGGCUCGCAAGCUCAAGCCCUCUCCAAGUUCACUCUCUCGAUGGCAAUAGAUACUUGGAAACCUGAGGAAACUAGGUAUUUUUUCGAACUCUAUGCGGAAGAGAGAAGAAAAGGAAAUAAGGUUGGUACAUCAAUGAAUAAAGUGGGGAAAGCAAACAUUAUGGAGGCGUUUGAACAGCGGUUUAAGAAUAAUUUUCCUGAUUGGAGGCCCUACAAGAGCAAGUACGACACCAGUAGGAAGAAAUACAUCAAGAUUAAGACGCUGGCUCAAAACAGGACAGGGCUUGGGUUUGAUGACAUGGGAAGGAUUAACAUGUCAGAUGAUUGGUGGAGUGAACGCGAAAGGGAGUGUCAUGGUAUUAGAAGAUCCGUAUGCAAAGAGAUUAGUAACAUGGAUAUGUUUGAAGCGGAAUUUGGUGGUGUAGUAGUAAUUGGACCUGAAGGAUGGAGCGCUCAACAUGGAGAAGCCAGUUUGAACUCUAGAGUGGCUGAAGAUGAUGGUGAUGAUGAAGCUGAUUCUCAGCCAGCAGCAGAAACUCAAACAUUGGAGACAUAAACACAGCCACAAGCCCCACGCCAAACUCAGCCAGCGACUCAGACUCAUUCUGGAAGGCGUAAGGAGAAAGACAUGGUUGUAGAAGCGUGUGUGAAACGGACUGAAGCUCUUGAGGUGAAGAACAAGAUAGCGGAACAGAUGUUGGAGCGUCAAGAAGCUUUUAGUAUUUAGAAUGUGGUGGAGAUACUGUAUGCUUUGCCUGAAGUGAGAGAGUGGUCUCCACUAUAUGAAGCAGCAAUAGAAAUUCUCAUAGAUAAUGAAGGGAACCGAAGAGUCUUUGUAACAAUGAAGACAGAUGAAGCUAAGAUUAGGUUUUUGGAGCUUAGGACUAAGAUAAAACGCGAUGAUGACCAGUAUGGAAUUUAGGAUUAGUCUUAUUUUGUGAUCUUGAUGGAACUAGUAUGGAGCUUAGGACUAGUAUUCUUUGUGAUCUUGCUGGAACUACUAUGGAGUUUAGGAUUAGUCAUAUUUUGUGAUCUUGCUGGUCUGAUAUUUGUAUGAGUCUUUUGUGAUCUUGUUGGUUUGAUCCUUGUAUGAACUCUGCCUUUGGUGGCUUUAUAUAUAUAUGGUCUUUUUAUGUUUC